GUCGUUUAUAUAAAUUCCAAAUACAAUAAGAUCGCCAAUACAAAAAAAUAAAAAUCACCAUUACUAUCCCUUCGUAUUUUUUUCUUGAUAAUACACUAAUAAUCAAAUAUCGUACAUUCCUUAAACUAUAUUUACUGAUCCAACCUUACAUUUGUAAAAGUACUAUUUCCAAGUCUAGCUUCCACUUUCCUACUAUUGAUUUGAGAGUAUCUUCUUGUAUAAUUACAUGGUCCAUCAUCUCAAUCAAUUCUCCUAUUCAUCCACUCCUACUACAAUCAAUUAACGGCAGCCAACGAUCUCCCCAAUUGAAAACGAUGGCCAAAAUAGUUUUCAACUCCAAGAUGCCUUCUUUCUCUCAAAUAAACAUUGACAACCAUUCUCACUAGUUUAAUCCUCAAAUGGCUCAACAUGGUUCAAGACUCGUGGUGCCAAUUGACGUCACCAAGAAACCACGACAACAGAAGCUCCCCCUUCACAACCGGUGGCACCCCGACAUACCACCGGUGGCUCAGGUCACUGUCGGGGAGGUUUUCCGGGUAGAAAUGGUCGACUUUUCCGGUGGUGGUAUCACCAAAGAAUACACAGCCGAAGACAUCAAAUACUCCGAUCAGUCUGUUGUGCAUUAUCUGAGUGGGCCGAUUAAGGUUGUUGAUGAGGAAGGAGAAGCGGCUAAACCAGGGGAUCUUCUUGCGGUUGAGAUAUGCAAUUUAGGUCCUCUUCCCGGCGAUGAAUGGGGGUUUACGGCGAUUUUUGACAGAGAAAACGGUGGCGGGUUUCUCACCGAUCAUUUCCCUUGUGCCACAAAAGCAAUUUGGUAUUUUGAAGGAAUAUAUGCUUACUCUCCUCAUAUACCUGGUGUACGUUUUCCGGGUAUAACACAUCCUGGAAUAAUUGGAACUGCACCUUCAAUGGAACUUCUUAAUAUAUGGAACGAAAGGGAGAAAGAGCUUGAGGAAAACGGUCUAAAAUCAUUAAGGUUAUGUGAAGUUUUACAUUCAAGGCCAUUGGCGAAUCUCCCAUCAACAAAAGGCUGUCUUCUUGGCAAGAUUCCAGAAGGAACUCAAGAAUGGGAGAAGAUUGCCAAUGAAGCUGCAAGAACGAUUCCAGGAAGAGAAAAUGGCGGGAACUGUGACAUUAAGAAUCUUAGUAGAGGUUCAAAAAUUUACCUUCCAGUGUUUGUUGAAGGUGCUAACUUUAGUACAGGUGAUAUGCAUUUCUCACAAGGCGAUGGUGAAGUUUCGUUUUGUGGAGCAAUUGAGAUGAGUGGAUUCCUUGAGCUCAAGUGUGAGAUAAUACGAGGGGGGAUGAAAGAAUACCUAACUCCAAUGGGGCCUACUCCUCUUCAUGUAAACCCUAUUUUCGAGAUCGGACCAAUGGAGCCUAGAUUCUCAGAAUGGCUUGUAUUUGAAGGAAUAAGCGUUGAUGAAAGUGGAAGACAACAUUACCUCGAUGCGAGUGUUGCUUAUAAGCGUGCAGUUCUGAACGCAAUCGAUUAUCUCUCCAAAUUUGGGUACUCGAAAGAACAGGUUUAUCUUCUACUGUCGUGUUGUCCAUGCGAAGGAAGGAUUUCGGGAAUUGUGGACGCUCCAAAUGCUGUUGCUACUCUCGCGAUUCCGACUGCUAUUUUUGAUCAGGAUAUUCGUCCGAAGACUAAGAAGGUGCCAGUAGGGCCACGAGUGGUGAGAAAUCCAGAUAUUCCGAGAUGCAGUUACGAUGGGGAUUUACCGAUAACAAAAAAUCCUGGUGCAACAGGGUGAAUGAGACAUGAUGUAUUUUGAUGUGUAGCAACUCUUUUAAAGUAACAAAUUAUGGAAACUGUUUUAAAAAUACCAUUAAGCUAAAUUAAUGCUAUCAAAAGGUAAAUAUGAAAAACUUUGGCCUAAAUAUGAAAAACUUGCAUAAUCUUCUUCUUUCUAGGUUUAAGCUUCUUUUUGGUCUUGACAUUUGAAGUACCUAAAUAUUUUUCAGUAGUAGGAUAGGUCUUUUUCCUUUUGUGGACAUCUUGAUUUGUUAUCACCCCUAGCUUUGCAAAUGCUACGAGUCAUAAGCACUCCCUUUUAGGUAAUCUUUGGCCUAUUUUCUGAUUUAGAUGGAUGUCUUUUCCUUUUAAUGUAUGCAUUUGGGAGGUAAAGUAGUAGGCCACAUCAAAUGCCAUUCAUUGGCUUCAAUCCAUACCUACAACAUGUAUAUACAAGCUUAUUAAUUGCAUUUAAAUGACCCAACAUGUAAGUAC